AUGACCACACACAGCAACCACAGACGAAGACCAUCAUCACCCCGACGGGCCCCGCCGCCACGGCCGCACACGGCCAAGACGCACACGUCCCUCGCCGCCCUGCCCACAGACAUCCUCCUCGACAUCAUAGGCCACCUCGCCACGGCCGCCCCCGUCGCCCGCCUCGCGCAGACCUCCAAGGCGCUGCACGCCCUCGUCGCCGACGCCGGCUGGAAGGCGUUUCUCCGGCACGCCUUUCCGACGCUGCCGCAGCACCACCGUGACGACGCGCCCGCGCAGCCCUCCUGGGCCACGCUCGCGCGCGCCCUGACGGCGUCGGCGCGCCUGCGGGACCGCCACGCCUACGUGCCCGGCGUGUACACGGACGCGCGGGCCGCGAGCGGCAACUUCCUCGACGGCUACGCCGCGGCCCACGCGCACCCGUUCUCGCCCUGCGUCGACGCGCGGCUCGUGCACGCCGGCACGCAGGAGCUCGUCGUCUGGGGCGCCGGCGAGGACCUCGUCGGGCGGUUCAGGCACGUCAGCGCCAGCGCCGGCGCCGGCGACAGCACCGACGGCCGCGGCGCCGAGGCCUGGUUCCGUCUCGACGGCAAGACGGCCGGCCACAGGCCUGUCGGGGGCGACGUGACGGCCGUCAAGGUCGGCGCGCCGCGCGGCCGUCUCGGCCUCUUUGUCGGGCGCGCGUCGGGCGUGCUGGAGCUCGUGUCGGCCGAGGCGGGCGCCGACGAUGCCGGCCGCGUCAUCGCCGCGUUUGACGUGCCGCGGGGCGCGCCGCAGGGUGCGUCGUGGGGCAGCGUUGGCUUUGUCGACCUGUUUCCCGGCGAUGCGAUGCUCGUGUCCGGGGACCGCGCGAGGUUGGGCGUCUACCGCCUGCCAGACGAGCACGGUGACCACGGCCGUGACCAUGGCCAUGGCCAUGACCGACAGCAGCAGCAGCCCGCGGCAACGUAUUCGUUUCCCGGCCCCGGCGGAACGGCAGCGCCGCGGUUCCUCCACGCCGCGAAACCCCUCUCGGACACGACCCUCGCCUGCGCCCUCGGCGGCGACGACGAGCCGCUGCGCCUCCUGACGCUGACGCCCGCGGGGUCCCUCGUCCCGCUGUCGACCGGCAAGCCGCGGCGGCUCCUGUCGAAGCUGCCGUCCGGCGGAGGCACAGACAGCAGCAGCGGCAGCAGACAAACAACGGUGCGCGCGCUCGAGGUGCUCUCGCCCAACGUGCUCCUCUCGGCCUGGGACGACGGCGCCGUGCGGCUGACGGACCUGCGCUCGCCGCGCGCCGCCGACGCCCUCUUCCGCGACAGGGCCUACCAGCCCGACGAGCCGCUGUCGUCGCUGCUGGCCUGGGGCGGCGAGCGCUUCGUCGCCGGCAGCAACGAGCACGCCCACCUCAAGGUGUUCGACGUGCGGCGCCCGGGCGUCGGCUACGCGUACGCCGAGGCCGCGGCGCCGUGUCGCGCGUGGGGUCCCGUGCCGGCGCCCGCCGCCGUCUCUGUCACCUCUGCCACCUCUGCCACCACCUCGGCGGCGGGCAGGGGGGCGCGAUGCCAUGCGCUCUCGGGCCGGCGCUGCGGCUUCCACGCCUGUGUGCGCCACGCGCUGUACCGGCCGUCGAGCGUCGUCAUCCUGCAGCCGCGGCCCGCGGCCCGCACGAGGCCGGCGCGGGUGCACGCGCUGGCCAAGGCCGGCGACGCCAGCGGCAGCUUCUACGUCGGGCUGCCGGGUGCCGUGGCGGAGAUGAGGCUCGGCGAGCAGGACGUGGGCGUCCGGCCGCAGGAGGUGCGGGCCGCUGCCGUCCGCGGCUGGCGCGCCGAGGUCGCCGAGUACAGUUUCCUGGAGAUUGGCGACACGAGGAUCGACACGGUCAUGGACUGGGACGGGCUGGCGUGGUCGGAGAGGGAUCUCGGGCUGCGGCCUCGGGCUGGCGCGCCGAGGCUCGUGUCGAAGACGUCGUGGGACAAGGGGCGCGUUGGCGGCGAGGGGGCGUGGCACCGGUGGGAUGCGCGGUUCUGGGCGAGGGAGCAUUUUGAGGGUCAUUAG